CCUCCGGCUCUUCUCCCUCUCUCACAUAUAGAUAUCCAUAUCUAUAUACGAGAGACCUGAGCCGUGCACGCUGCACUUGAAGCCCUUUCCACUUGUUGAGGUCACAAUAGGUCACCUCGCGUCGCUCUAUUUAAAGAGGCGACAACAUGGCAGCACCGCGCGGUCGGGGCGGACGGGAGUCGCAGGAGACGGAGAUGCAGAGGUCCGAGGGCGGCAGCGGGAAAACCCCGGUGUACACGAAGAAGAGGGGCUACGAUGUCACCCGCAGCCCCCACCUCAACAAGGGCAUGGCUUUCUCCCUGGAGGAGCGUCUCCAGCUGGGGAUCCACGGCCUGCUGCCCCCCUGCUUCAUCAGCCAGGACGUCCAGCUGCUGCGAGUGCUCAAGAACUACGAGAUGAAGAGAGACGACUUGGACAGAUAUGUGUUCCUGAUGGGGCUCCAAGACCGCAGCGAGAAGCUCUUCUACCGGGUGCUCACGUCAGACAUUGAGAGGUUCAUGCCCGUCAUUUACACCCCCACCGUUGGCCUGGCCUGCCAGCAGUACGGCCUGAUCUUCAGGAGACCGAGGGGGCUGUUCAUCACCAUUCAUGACCGCGGCCACAUCGCUUCACUGCUCCAGAACUGGCCAGAAAAAGACAUCAGGGCGGUGUGUGUGACGGACGGCGAGAGGAUUCUGGGCUUGGGAGACCUGGGCUGCAAUGGCAUGGGCAUCCCGGUGGGCAAGCUGGCCCUCUACACCGCCUGUGGUGGUAUGCCACCACAGCAGUGCCUGCCCGUCAUGCUGGACGUGGGCACAGACAAUGAGGCACUGCUGAAGGACCCGCUCUACAUCGGCCUGAGGCACAAGAGAGUCCGAGGCCGCGCCUACGAUGACUUGCUGGAUGAAUUCAUGAGGGCGGUGUCGGACAGGUACGGGUUGGACUGUCUGAUACAGUUUGAGGACUUUGCAAAUGUGAAUGCUUUCCGUCUGCUGAGCAAGUACCGCAACAAGUACUGCACAUUCAACGACGACAUCCAAGGUACCGCUGCCGUGGCGGUCGCUGGACUCCUGGCCGCUCUCCGCAUCACCAAAAGCAAAAUGUGUGACCACACCAUCGUGUUCCAAGGUGCAGGGGAGGCAGCGAUGGGGAUCGCUGAGCUCAUCACCAUGACCAUGGAGAAGGAAGGACUCCCCAAGGACGAGUGCUUGAAAAAGAUCUGGAUGGUUGAUUCCAAGGGUCUCGUUGUCAAGGGUCGGGACAACCUGACUCACGAGAAGGAGAGGUUUGCUCACGAACACCCGCAGAUGAAGAAGCUGGAGGACGUCGUGCGGGAACUGAAACCCACGGCUAUCAUUGGCGUGGCAGCUAUUGCCGGAGCUUUCUCCGAGCAGAUCAUCAGGGACAUGGCCUCGUUCAACCAACGCCCGAUCAUCUUUGCCCUCAGCAACCCGACCAGCAAAGCCGAGUGCACUGCUGAGCAGUGUUACACGUUCACAGAGGGGCGGGGCAUCUUUGCCAGCGGCAGUCCGUUUGACCCCGUCACUCUGCCCGAUGGCAGGACAUUCCACCCUGGUCAGGGAAACAACGCCUACAUCUUCCCCGGCGUGGGCCUGGGCGUCACGGCGUGCGCCAUUCGACAAAUUACAGAGGAAAUCUUCCUUACUGCAGCCGAGUCACUCGCUCACAUGGUGACGGAUAAGGACCUGGCAGAGGGACGACUGUAUCCUCCUCUCGGCUCCAUCAGGGACGCCUCUGUCACACUGGCUGUGAAGAUCGUGGAGUACGCCUACGAGCACAACAUGGCCACUCUUCGCCCAGAGCCGUCCGACAAAGAAGCGUACGUGCGCUCGCUCACCUACAGCACGGACUACGAUGACUUUGUGGUGGACUCGUACCGCUGGCCGGAGGACAGCAUGACCGUGCAGUCAUGCAAACUUUAAAGCACUGGACAGGGAGACGAGGGUGAGCCUCGGUGGGGCGAGGUGACCACUACUGACGUGCAAUAUCAUCACCACAUGUGAAGCUGGUAUAUGAAAGAGGCGUGUCCACAAUAUUAGAAUGGUAGUUUACACAGGUUUCAUGAAAUAGUCAAUAAUUUAUAAAGCACAGAGGAAAGGGAAGCUGAUUAAAUGUGAAACAGACGGCAUUCAAAAAAAAAAAAAAAUAUUGCACUCACGACAUGUUGUUAUCUCACAACAUUUUUACACUAAUAUAUUUUGGGGAAAUCUUUCGCAGGUUACUUCUGAUUGUACUGCACUAGGGAGAUACUUUAUGACUGUCAGCUAUAGUCCAGAAACUCUUUGUCAAAUAAAAAAAAUGGUUUGAAAUAA